UAUAGCUACCACCGACUUCCAGCAGGCAAACAAGUGAGGGUCUCCGGUUGAGAGUACUUGACUGUCGCCCAUCUUUACAUCAUGGCUGCGGGAGAAGUCGGCUCCUGGCUUGAGAACAUGACUGACUCUGACCACCUCAGGGAGACUUCAACUCUCUUCAACGGAUCCACCAAUGUCUCAGACUUCACUACGCCUCCGCUGAGUGUUGCAGAAGCCUCCGGGCUGCCUUACUGGCUCGUUGUGGUGGCGUUUAUAACCCUGGGCAUGUCCGUUACCAUAGGCUUCGUCGGGAACGUCUUCGUCCUGGUGGUCAUUCACUACAUCCUGGCCAGGAGGAGGUCAUGGCCGACCGUACUUCUACGUUACCUGGCCUGGACAGACGUCUUGAAUUGCUCUAUCGGUCUCAUCCCUCCCGUAGCAGCCUACUUCCACGACGUCUUCGCCAACAGACACAUGUGUAACUUCACCGGCACGCUUCUGUACGGCCUCAGCUGUGCCUCUCAGCUGCUCGUGGCGCUCAUGAGCAUCGAGCGGUGCAUCUCCAUCAUCCUGCCGUUCCUGUACGAGAAACACUUCGGUCCGGACUCCAAGAUACCGACGGUCACCGUCUUCAUCCUCCUCCUCUACGCAACAGUCGUGUCCCUGUUGCCCGUAUUUGGUCUAAACGAGAACGUUAUACAUUACCCGUACUCUUGGUGCAUGUUUAACUUUAGAGACAAGACUGUGACUGGAAGCUUCGUGGUUUAUCUGAAUUUUGUAGUCAUGUCUUUGACAAUGGUGGUCGUGGUGGUGUGUAACACGGUGGUGGCCUCGCACAUAUGGUGCGGAUGGAGGAGACGAUCCUUCCGGUGCUCCAGACGAGUCAACCCCGUAGAGGACCCCGAGCAAGAGCACGUUAGCGAGAUGCAUAGAAACAGAAGCCUGACGCCCCCGACCAUACAGAAUGAUGGACCGUCUAAUGUAUCAUCAAUAGUGGAUACGAAAGAAGGACGAAGAGGCAGAAGAAGAGGAAAGUCACAAGACAAAGAGAGACAGUUGAACCUGAGAUUCACGGAGCUGACGGUCGGGGUUGCUGUGGGCUUUACGUUCUGUUGGCUCUUCUUCACUCCUCUCUAG